AUGGAUCCCGCCGCCGACGACGGCCGCUCACCUUCACCCGUCCCGGACCCAGACGACGGCGACGGCGGCAGCGGGUGGGGGAGCGACAAGCCGCCGCCCACGCGCGCGGAGGAGGGGCGCGUCGUCGGGAAGGCCGCCAUGGAACCCUCGCCGUCGCCGCCGGACUCCACCGUCUCCGACCAAGUCGCCCUCUCCUCUCCGCCGGUCCCGGUCCCAGAAGACGGCGGCGGCGGCGACGACCUGACGCGCGCCGUGUCCCUGCUGUCGCUCGCGACCCUCACCGCGCCCCGCGCCGUGGAUCCGUCGCCGCCGUCCUCCGCCGUCUCCUCCCACGGUCACAAAGAUGAUGAUGAUCUCGCCGGCGUGAACAAGCGGACGCACGCGAGGUUCCUCGUCACCCACGCCCAGGCCGGGCUCAUCAUCGGGAUGGGUGGCUCCACUGUCGCCGCUGUCGAGGCCCGCUCCGGCGCCCGGGUCAAGCUCUCCCGCCACGACCAGCUCCUCCCCGGCACCGACCGGAGGGUCGUGCUCGUCGAUGGCCUCCUCAGCCAGGUCAUGGACGCCAUGGAGCUACUGCUCCAAAGGCUCUUACUCUACCAGGUUCAGGGUGACCAGGCGGUCGACUCUGAGCCCACGCUAGUGCUCGUCGUGCCUCAGCCCUGCUGCGGCGUGCUCAUCGGCAAAGGAGGAUCUGUUAUCAAGUCAUUCACUGAAGCUUCGGAAACUGCAAUUCAGAUCUCACCACACAACAUCUCCUAUGGCUUCAACGACAGGCUGGUCACCAUCACAGGGCCCUUGGAUAAUCUAUUGCGAGCAGUGUUUCUGAUAAUAUUUGAGCUGUUAGAGGACAUUCGUUAUUUGUUUCCAUGUGCAGCUGCUACGCCAAACAUUCCAAUGAGAUCACCUGUUAACAAGGAUGCCCAAGAAUCUGUCACUAUUGCUGUUGCUGAUGAGCAUAUGGGUUCUGUUAUUGGUCGUGGUGGAAGGAUUGUCAAUGAGAUCAGCAAGCCAAAAACUCCAAUGAGAUCACCUGUCAACAAGGAUGCCCAAGAAUCUGUCACUAUUGCUGUUGCUGAUGAGCAUAUGGGUGCUGUUAUUGGUCGUGGUGGAAGGAGUAUUAAUGAGAUCAGCAAGGUUAGUGGAGCAUGGAUUGACAUCUCAGGCAAGGGGGAGUUCAUGCCCGGGACUCGUGACAGGGAGGUGAUUAUGAGGGGCACAUCAGAGGCGAUCCGCGCAGCCGAGGCGAUGAUCAUGCACCGUGUCUCCGUGGCCAGCGGCAACUUGAUGGGGCGGAGGGUGGAGGGAACAAGCGUCAAGGGUCUGCUUACCAGGCUGGACGAGGAGGAGGAGGAUGAUGAUGCAGUCGUGCAGAUGCAUCGGCUGAAGUUGAGUGAUCGGACAGAGUAG